GUGCCUUUAAAUUGCUGCUUUCAGAGGGUGCAUCUAGGGGGAGGUGGGAGGGAGGGAAACAUCUUUCUACCGGUCUCCCUCCUCCCUCCCCUCCAAGACUCUCCAGGGUUUAGAGGGUGAUUGCUGCCCAAAGAGAAUCUUUUUUGGUUCCCUGGCUGGCAACCUGAGGCCCUCCGCAGCCCAAGGCGAGCCCAAGCAGGAACCGGUAGGGUUAUCUGUGUCAGGAUCAUUUCCAGGGGAAUAGUUCUGGCCCCUGACUGAUAAAGACAGGGCAGAGGAGAAGAGGCAGAAGAGGAAAGAGAGCGCAACUCCUAGCCCAGCCCCACGGGCUCCUUGGAGCAGCCCAAGUUGGAGGAAGGUUCUAUACUUUCGGCGUUCCCACAGGGAUAUUCCCCUCACCUUGGCAGCCAGGCUGAGAAAGGGCUCCAAGGUCCCCACGGAAUGACAACUCUUGUUCCUGCAACCCUCUCCUUCCUUCUUCUGUGGACUCUGCCAGGGCAGGUCCUCCUCAGGGUGGCUUUGGCAAAGGAGGAUGUCAAAUCUGGAAACAAGGGGUCUCAGCCCAUGUCCCCCUCUGAUUUCCUGGACAAGCUUAUGGGGCGAACAUCUGGAUAUGACGCCAGAAUUCGGCCCAAUUUUAAAGGCCCACCUGUGAAUGUGACCUGCAACAUCUUCAUCAACAGUUUUGGCUCCGUCACCGAGACCACCAUGGACUACAGAGUCAAUGUCUUCUUGCGGCAGCAGUGGAAUGACCCACGCCUGGCCUACCGAGAAUAUCCUGAUGACUCUCUAGACCUCGACCCCUCCAUGCUGGACUCUAUUUGGAAGCCAGACCUUUUCUUUGCCAAUGAGAAAGGGGCCAACUUCCAUGAAGUGACCACAGACAACAAAUUGCUGCGCAUCUUCAAGAAUGGAAAUGUGCUCUACAGCAUCAGAUUGACCCUCAUUUUGUCCUGCCCGAUGGAUCUCAAGAACUUCCCUAUGGACAUCCAGACCUGCACGAUGCAGCUAGAAAGCUUUGGCUACACCAUGAAUGACCUUGUGUUUGAGUGGCUAGAAGAUGCUCCCGCUGUCCAAGUGGCUGAGGGGCUGACUUUGCCCCAAUUUAUCUUGCGGGAUGAGAAGGAUCUAGGUUAUUGUACCAAACACUACAACACAGGGAAAUUCACCUGCAUCGAGGUAAAGUUUCACCUGGAACGGCAAAUGGGAUAUUAUCUGAUUCAGAUGUAUAUCCCCAGUCUACUCAUCGUCAUCCUGUCCUGGGUCUCCUUCUGGAUCAACAUGGAUGCUGCCCCUGCCCGUGUAGGCCUCGGUAUCACUACUGUGCUCACCAUGACAACCCAGAGCUCUGGUUCCCGGGCCUCUUUGCCUAAGGUAUCCUACGUGAAGGCAAUUGACAUCUGGAUGGCCGUGUGUCUGCUCUUUGUGUUUGCUGCCCUGCUGGAGUAUGCUGCUGUCAAUUUUGUCUCCCGUCAGCAUAAGGAAUUCAUGCGACUUCGAAGAAGACAGAGGCGCCAACGCAUGGAGGAAGACAUCAUAAGAGAAAGUCGCUUCUAUUUCCGUGGCUAUGGCCUGGGCCACUGCCUGCAGGGAAGGGAUGGAGGCCCAAUGGAAGGUUCUAGUAUUUAUAGCCCCCAAACUCCCGCCCCUCUUCUAAAAGAAGGAGAAACCACUCGGAAACUCUAUGUGGACCGGGCCAAGAGAAUUGACACCAUCUCCCGGGCUGUCUUCCCUUUUACUUUCCUCAUUUUCAAUAUUUUCUACUGGGUUGUCUAUAAAGUGCUACAGUCAGAAGACAUCCACCAGGCACUGUGA